GGCGCGCGUCUGGGGUCUAUGUUUGUGUCUGUUUGGGUUCCGAUUGGGCGAAACGUAGAAGUGUGUCAGGCAUCCGUGCGUCGUGGGCGGGAAUAGACAUGUUUAUAAACCACAGUGUGCGCUCGGUGGGGCAGCGAUACUAUAUAGAGAAACUGUAGACGGAGAGAGAGGGAGAAAGAAGCGAGAACACGGCGGCUAAGAAGCGUCUGUGGCUAACCGUACAGCAGGUAGUUGGAGGAGGCGCGGCUCUCCCUGCCCCUCCACACCAGCCCCUGUAUGGAUGACCACUUCGGCCUCCUUGACUCGCCUCCGCCUUCGUCUACCAAACAGAGGGACAACAACAUCGUUAAUAACGGCUACACCGAAACCGAGCACGACAUCAUGACAGUUGUUGCUUGUGACAACAUGCUAGAGGAGACGGCGGCGCUCCCUGGCCACCUCUCUUUGGACCGCUACGAACCCGACCAUGAGUGCUGCGAAAGGGUUGUCAUCAACAUUUCUGGCUUGCGCUUCGAGACGCAACUUAAAACUUUCAACCAGUUUCCGGAGACUUUGCUGGGGGACCCCAAAAAGAGGAUGCGCUACUUUGACCCUCUGAGAAACGAGUACUUUUUCGACAGGAACCGUCCCAGCUUUGACGCUAUCCUCUACUACUAUCAGUCAGGUGGGCGUAUCCGGAGACCUGUUAACGUCCCCAUCGACAUUUUCUCUGAGGAGAUACGUUUUUAUCAACUCGGGGAGGAGGCGAUGGAGAAAUUCAGAGAGGACGAAGGAUUCAUAAAAGAAGAGGAACGUCCUUUGCCCAGCAAUGAAUUUCAGAGACAGGUUUGGUUGUUGUUUGAAUACCCCGAGAGUUCGGGUCCGGCCAGGGGCAUUGCAAUUGUCUCAGUUCUAGUCAUUUUAAUUUCAAUCGUUAUAUUUUGUCUGGAAACUUUGCCGGAGUUUCGGGACGACAAAGACCAAAGCACCAUAGCUCCUGUUAUAAACGGGACGAGCCCUUAUCCUUCUAAUACUUUCACUGAUCCUUUCUUCGUGAUAGAGACACUAUGCAUUAUCUGGUUUUCGUUUGAGCUGCUCGUGCGGUUCUUUGCCUGUCCCAGCAAAGCCACUUUCUCGAAAAACAUCAUGAACAUUAUCGACAUAGUGGCCAUCAUCCCCUAUUUUAUCACACUGGGGACAGAGUUAGCUGAGCGGCAGGGAAACGGCCAGCAGGCGAUGUCUCUGGCUAUCCUUCGGGUGAUCAGACUAGUGAGGGUGUUUCGCAUAUUCAAGCUCUCCCGACACUCCAAGGGGCUCCAAAUUCUGGGACAGACGCUGAAAGCCAGCAUGCGGGAGCUGGGACUGCUAAUCUUCUUCCUUUUUAUUGGAGUUAUUUUGUUCUCCAGCGCGGUCUAUUUCGCCGAAGCUGACGACCCUACCUCCAGCUUCAGCAGCAUCCCAGAUGCGUUUUGGUGGGCUGUGGUCACCAUGACAACUGUUGGCUAUGGGGACAUGCACCCAGUAACCAUAGGCGGUAAAAUCGUCGGGUCCUUGUGUGCUAUCGCCGGCGUAUUAACCAUCGCUUUGCCAGUGCCAGUUAUUGUUUCGAAUUUCAACUAUUUCUACCACAGAGAGACCGAAGGGGAAGAACAUGCACAGUACUUGCACGUCGGUAGCUGCCAGCACCUAUCCUCCACGGAGGAGCUUAAAAGGACACGUAGCGCGUCCUCUCUCAGCAAAUCGGAAUACAUGGUGAUAGAGGAAGGAAUCAACAGCGCCUUCAAACAGCCCAACUUCACCACUCAGAACAACCAGAACUGCGUGAACAUCAAAAAGAUUUUCACAGACGUGUAAACAAAACAGAGAAGUUACGACCUCUGUUCUAAACUGAUAUUAAUCGUGAUGUGUCAGUGCAAUCUGUCGUGUGAAGGCAACGCAGUCUGAGAAGCGUGCCCGUAUUCAAUCAGUGAGCUGCCGAGUUCAUUCGAUUCCCUCUCGAGUCGAAACCAGGUCUCAUGUCUGCUGUUUCAGGACAAGUUUCAUGUGCAGUUGUUGAGUUCGUUAUAUAAUUGAGGUAGACGUCACCAGCCGUAGCUCGUUUUGUUUUUGUUAAGCAGAGGCGAUGUUUGCUUCCAGUGCUAAUUUUAAUUGUUACGUGGGAUUUACUUCGCAUUCAACGUGUCUUUAUGAAGUAAUUUUAUCAAUAUCAUACUUUGAUCAUUGAUG